AUGGUAGAUGAUGAUUACAAUUUUACAUUUGUCGACAUAGGAGCAAAUGGUCGAGCAAGUGACAGUGCUAUUUUCAGAGAUUCAAAGCUUAAUCAAGCCUUAGAGAAUAAAUCAUUUGGUCUCCCAGAAAAUGCAGUGAUUGUUGGAGAUGAUGCGUUUCCUCUGCGUUCUAAUCUGUUGAAACCUUAUAAUAGAAGAUUACUCAAUGAAGAAGAACUUAUCUUCAAUUAUCGAUUGUCUCGAGCAAGACGUAUUUCUGAAAAUACUUUUGGUAUGUUAGUAUGGAGAUUUGGUGUGUUCCUGCGAACAAUAAACCAGACGCCUGACAGGGUAGAUAAAAUUGUUUGGGCUGCAUGUGCAAUCCAUAAUUGGCUCAGGAAAACUUCGGCAUCAACGUACCUACCACCUAAAUCUGUUGAUGUAGAAGACACUGCUACUAGAGAUGUUAUUCCAGGACAGUGGCGAGAACAAGUAGGAAAUUUAGCAGUUGUUAAUUUAAAAAAUUCUAAUAACUACAGCUUUACUGCAGAGAGAAUAGGAAAACAGUAUGCUGAAUACUUUGUUGGAGAAGGAGCACUUCCUUGGCAAUUAAAGAAGAUUGGAAGAAAGAUUUAA